AGAUGUGACGCUGACGCUGGAUAAUGACAUGAAGCCGCCUCUCGUCUGCGGCGGCGCUCAGUUUGUUUUCCUGUCAGAGCGUCUGGUGACUGACAGCAGGAGGAAAUCAUUACACGUUGCUGCGUCACCUUCAGGUCGUCAAACCUUCCGGUGGUCAUGGUAGCGUGUCCCGGCUCAAAUGUUGAUCUGUUUUCUCCGUCUGUCUCUUUCAGAGCGGUGCUGUCGUGCGGAGACAUGGCGGCUCUGAGGUGGGAGGUUCUGUUGUUCCUGGCCGUUGUCCUGCUGGUCUCCUGUAAAGCUGCACCCACCGAUAUUGUUUAUCUAGUUCCUGAGGAGCAGCCGCCCAACACGCUGAUCGGCAGCUUGGCGGCAGACCAGGGCCUCCCCGACACCGGGCACCUCUACAAGCUGGAGAUCGGCUCCCCGUAUCUGCGGGUGGACGGCAAGACCGGCGACAUCUACACCACGGAGAUCUCCAUCGACCGCGAGAACCUGCACGAAUGCCGCAACGUGUUGGAUGGCGACAAAUGUUUCCUGGAGUUCGAGGUGUCGAUCACUGACAUGGUGAAGGGCAUCGGCUUGGGGCCACGGCUGAUCGAAGGCCGCAUCGAGGUGCUGGACAUCAACGACAACACGCCGCAGUUCGCCUCGCCCAUCCUUUCCCUCUCCAUCCCUGAGAACACGCACAUCGGCGCCCUCUUCUCCAUCCCCAUGGCCACCGACAAGGACUCUGGCACCAACGGAGUGGCCGAGUACUCGCUGAGCACCGGGCCCGACGCCGACCAGCUCUUCACUCUGCAGGUCGCCGUGGACUCGGACGAGAAGCUGCCGCAGCUGGUCGUCAUGGGCAACCUGGACCGUGAGAAGAAGGACUCGUACGACCUGAACAUCCGGGUGGUGGACGGCGGAAAGAUGGCGAGGGCGAGCAGCGCCCUGCUGCGGGUCACCGUCACCGACCAGAACGACAACGCUCCCAAGUUUGAGAGGAAUCACUACGAGGCCGAUCUCCCGGAGAACAGCCUGCUGGGUCACUCCGUGCUGCAGGUCAGAGCCAAUGAUGCAGACACCGGCAUCAAUGGACAGAUUGACUACAGCCUUCAUCAGGCGUCUGAGACCGUUCAGAGGCUUCUGCGCAUUGACCGUUCCACUGGCAUCAUAUACGUCAAAGGUCAAGUGGACCGUGAGGAAGAGAACUUCCUCAAGUUCUUUGUGGUUGCAAAAGAUCGUGGGCCCAACUCCAAGAGCUCCAAGGUCCUGGUGACCAUCAACGUCAAGGAUCACAAUGACAACGCACCAGCGAUCGAGAUUCGUGGUAUUGGCUUGGUGACGCACCAAGAUGGUGUGGCGAACAUCUCUGAGGACAUGCCCAUCGGUACCCCAGUGGCGUUGGUCCAGGUGUCAGACCGUGACGAGGGGGAAAAUGCUGUGGUUACAUGUGUAGUUGCUGGGGAUGUCCCAUUCCAGCUCCGACCUGCAAGUGAGUCAUCCAACGAUCGGAAGAGGAAGUACUUCCUGCAGACAACUACCCCACUGGAUUAUGAGCGUGUAAAGGAUUACAGAAUUGAAAUUGUCGCUGUGGAUUCUGGGAACCCAGCCCUGUCCAGCACCAACUCCCUCAAAGUCCAGGUCACUGACGUGAACGACAACACGCCAAUCUUUUCCCCUGCGAUGCUCGAGGUGUACUUUCCAGAGGGAAACCAGCCAGGUGAUGUGGUGCUGAAUGUCGCGGCAACGGAUGCAGACAGUGGCACAAACGCAGAACUGGCCUAUAACAUCAUUGAGCACUCAGCCACCAGGCUCUUUGAGAUUGACUCCAACACAGGUGAGCUUCGUGUGAAGAACCUGUUGGAUCGAGAGGAUACCGAGCGUUAUGAGUUCCGCGUGGCAGCGGCAGACAAAGGUGUCCCAAGCAAAACCGGCACUGCUACAUUGGUGAUUAAUGUCCUGGACCGUAAUGACAAUGACCCCAAAUUUAUGCUGAGUGGUUACAGCUUCUCUGUCAAUGAGAACAUGCCUCCGCUCAAUCCUGUUGGCGUGGUGACUGUCACCGAUGCUGAUAAAGGUGAAAACGCCAGAGUAAGGCUGUUUGUGGAACCGGACAAUGGCAAGUUUGUCAUCCAGAAUGGCACAGGAACCAUCCUGUCCAGCAUCUCUUUUGACCGUGAGAAGGAGAGCACCUACACCUUUCGUCUGAAAGCCGUGGAUGCAGGUGAACCUCCUCGAUCUUCUUACGUAGGUGUGACCAUCAAUGUCCUGGAUGAGAAUGAUAAUGCCCCCUAUGUCACCAAACCAGCCAACUCCUCCUACACUUACUUGAAACCUGUCACUCAACCAGACACCCGUGUGGAGGUGGUAGAGGCUGAGGAUAUUGACUCUGGACCCAAUGCUGAGCUGGUCUACACCAUCACGGGCGGAAACCCGUUUGACCUGUUCCACAUCUCGCCCAGCAGCGGGGAGAUAACGCUGGUGAAGGAAUUAACCGGCAAACACAAUGGACUGCACCGACUUGUCGUAAGGGUCAGUGACAAAGGCAAACCCCCACGCCACACCACUGCCCUGGUCCACGUGUUUGUCAACGAUACCAGGUCCAAUGUUUCUGUCAUUGAGGCGCUGGUCGGACACAGCCUCUACACCUCUCUAGACACGGACAUUGCUGGGGAUCCCAACUACGCCCUUGUUCAGCGCAGCAACAUCUUGUAUGGCAGUCUGGCAGGUAUCGCUGGUGUGAUUAUGGUCAUUGUAGCUGUGGUGGUUAUUAGACACCGGCUGCAGAAGGAAACCAAGAGCGGCUAUCAGGCCGGCAAGAAAGAGAGCAAGGACCUGUAUGCUCCAAAGCAGGGACCCAAAAAUGGCAAAGGGAAAAAGAGCAAAAAGGGUAAAGCUCCAAAACCUGCCAAGCCACUGGAGGAGGACGAGGAGGCAAGCCUGCAGAAAGGCCUCAAGUUCAAUCUCAUUAACGACAGUGUCAACGACAGUCCCAGAAUCCACCUGCCCCUUAACUACCCCCCAGGAAGCCCUGAUCUGGGGCGACACUAUCGCUCCAAUUCCCCCCUACCCUCUAUCCAACUGCAGCCACAGUCGCCUUCCGCCUCCAAGAAGCACCAGGCUGUUCAGGACCUCCCUGCCACCAACACCUUUGUGGGAACAGGGGACAACAACUCCACAGGCUCCGACCAAUAUUCGGAUUACAGCUACAAGGCCAACCCGCCCAAAUACAGCAACAAACAGGUAGGAGACUACGCCAACACUUCAAUGUACAACAGGGACAUCUAUUGGACCAACCGGGUGUGGUAGUCAUGCUGGGACUUAUUUGGCGCAGCCAAUAUUCUUCCACCAAAGUUGCACUGAUUCCCCUGCACAGCACCCACCUCCAAACCGCCAUUUCCCCUUUUUUAUUUGGUUUGAUUUUUGUUCACCAUUUCUGUUUUCUAUUUUGGUUUUCACCACCACAUGGAUGCCACAGUAUUCACACCAUGAAGGAUUACAUCAAGGAUAGACCAAAUAUGGGCUUUCCGAUAUUUACCAGCUGAUAUUUGAGUGGAAUUUGGAAACCAGAGCCUCCUCAAUGAACUUUACUGAUCCAGAACACGAGGGUGGUUUCUACUGACCGAGGUGUCAGUUAAUGCAGUGUUAAAACCUUCUGGUUUGUAUUUUCUUAAUAAAGUAGAGUUUCUUAAAAAGAUAAACUGCACAAAGAUGCAAAACCCUGAAUAAAGGGUUCACUGCUGAUAUCGGAAAUCCCAUACGGGUCUAUCCUCAACUUCUAUAUGUUUAUCCUUUGUUUUAUUUGUCUUUGAUUUCACCUUUUCAUGUUUUAUCUGUGUUCACCUUUUCACGGUGGGUUAAAUGAAGUAGCUUCUGAGUUUCUCCUUUUUUUAUGAGUCACAAAUGUUUUGAAUCUGGAGUUUCUUUGUACAGCCAUUGAAAGGUUCACACUGACAACCUCAUUUAGUCUGAAUGUGUUUUUCUUUUCCUCCUUUAUUUUUUUUUUCCUGGAGCGCUGGCUCAAAGUCUAAAGCCGCUCUUUACGGCCUGAUCAGCUCGUUGAAGUGUGACAAAGAGUGACUGUGAAUUCCUGAGGUUUUUUUUUUUUUGUACCCGUUUUUAUUGUUUCUUGGCUUUGUUUGCCCAGGAACCAGACUGAGCGGCACUUUAGAGUGUUUCCAUCCAGUUCAGAACAAUUUAAGGUAAUUUCAGCUCAUUCAUGGAGCCAAGCGGUGAAGAGAGAAAUAAAGAAAGGGAAUGAGAAGGUGUAGGACGAGGGUGAAGUAAAAAAAACACGAUGAAGGAAAAGGUACACUAAGACUAAACACAACCAUUUCUUAACCUCUGCUCCUCCUGUCAGUUCAGCUGAAAUACGACUUAAUUUUGCCGUGUUCCCAAUCACCGGGGCUGAAAAGUCAAUUGUUUGCACAGAUUAAUGGCAGGUAAUUUUCCAGGCGCCUGCCUUUUUACCCAGAGUGCCUUGCUCUAUUCUAUUUAAUGUACAAAAAAAAGGGGGGGGGUGUUGGAGAUGGGGGCCAUUAACUGCGUGAUCGUGACAAGCUUUCACGCCACGUCGACUCUUUUUUGUGGCUUCACGUUGAUGGACUCGGCCGUGAAAAUGAAACUGUCAUGUGCACUGUGAAAUCCAUGGAGACAAUCACGUUGAGGUGUGGUAGCCAUGUUGGGACUGUACAUAUAUGUGAACGACAUGUCAAGUACUUUAUUUUGUUUGUGCUUUUCCAUCUGCUGUUUAUGUUGCAACGUUACCGUGUUGUGUGUGUGUGUGUGUGUUUAUUAACAAGGACAUUUCAUUGUUCUCCUGCAUAUUUAAAACUUCAUUCAUCUAAAUACCUGAACCAAAGACUUUCACACACACACACACACACACACACACAGCUGCGUAUUCAUUCCCAUCAUUAUCAUCCAGUUUAUGUGAAGCAGACGUUCAGACUGUUUCCCUGUUCGGGUGGUUCUGCAGAGUUCACCCCGGUGUUAGCAGCUUGCUAACGCUCCUGCUGGGUUAAUGUUUAGCCUUUUAACACUGAAACCCGCAGGCGUCACAUUUCACUCUAGUCGGAUUUAAAAGCCCCUUGGCCUCAUAUCAACUCUGCUCCAUCACGCACAUGCUUAUCCAUGUACUCCCUCUCCGGGGGAAGUUAUUGUACAGUGUUCUGAUUUGUUGUUGUUUUUUUACAGCUAAAAGCAGAUUUUAUUUCAAUAAACAUGUUGCUUGAAUGUUAA